AUUUCAUUUCGAAUAAUAUUUUUCUUUGUAUACAAAUUACCAUGUGUUAUCCUCGUUCCUGGACAUUAUUGAUUAUCGGAAUAAUCGCAAUUUCCUGCGCUUGGAAAACUGGAUUCCUCUCGUGGCCACCGCGUUCCACCGUAAGAGCGACAGCGUCGAUAAGAUUAGAUCUCAACUUGGCUUCUUCAGCUUUACCGAUCACACGAUCUCGUAUCUUUAAUUCUACAUCAUCGGUUGGAAGAACUGCUGAUAAAAAUCGUAAGAAAUAUCGUGGAACGGUAUCGAGAUAUAUGCUUAGACUUUACCAUUUACGUCCUGAACAUGACGUCGUCAGGGCACUCGAACCUGUUCACAUUUCGGCACCUGUCACCGGUGGUGGUAGGAUCAUCGAAUUUUCUAUACCUUUCGUUAAUUCUCAGGAAACUUUGGAAACUGCGGAAUUACUUAGUACAGCAGGUACUAUAUUUAGAGUAAGAAACAUGGAUGAGAUGAUGUCGAGACAGGCACGUGAAAAAAUUACAAGGUCAAGAAGAGAUGAAACUUGGAGAGCUUUCAACGUAACUUCAGCGGUUGCUACAAGAAACGGAAAUCUCGUGAGACUUCACGUACACGGAAGAAUAUCUUACAGAACGAGAAACGACGGUCCAAUUUUAUUAUUGAGUUAUAAGAAACCUAAAAGAAAGAAGAGAUAUCGUCGUUCUACAUCCUUGAAUCAGGAUGAUCGGGAAGAAAAUAUACGCUGGGAUGAUGACGGAAUUAGACGCGUUAGACGUAAAAAUUCUUGUAAAAAACGUCCGCUUUACGUUGAUUUCUCUUUGAUCGCUUACGAUAAAUGGGUUGUUGCACCCCCGGGAUAUGAAGCAUAUCAAUGUGCUGGAAAGUGUUAUUACCCGUUCGGCGAUCAUCUAAGUCCAACGAAACACGCGAUAGUGCAAACUCUCGUUCAUGGUGCACUUCAAGGAACCGAAGGUAUUAAUGGUAACAAACCUGUGGGCAGAGCAUGCUGCGUUCCAACGAGAUUGGCCCCCACGAGUUUACUUUAUCUCGAUUCUACUGGUACUUUAACCUAUCAGUAUGGAUACGAGGAUAUGGUAGUUGCGGAAUGUGGUUGUCGGUGAUCGUGUAAAUUGAAUUUUUUAAUUUAAUUUCUCUUAUACGAUUCAAAUUAAAAAA